AUGGCGCCGGAUUCUGGGGCGAGUUACUUUUUAUCACGUAGAGUAACUAAACUUUUGACAUUACUCCUCGUUUUUUCAAUCAGCUCAGCAACAGCAUGUCAGUUUUAUCCAGUCGGCGAGUACUUGAAGUUCGUGAGGGUUCCGGAGAAUCUGCCACUUGGGGCGGAAGUAUUAUCCCUGGAGGUUCAUCCUCGCAGUCACUUGACGAUAAUGCCCGUUGAUAAGGAGGAGGAUGCGAGAUAUUUCACCUACAAAGACGUGAACUCCACCCACAUAUCUGUGAUACUGUCCCAAUCACUGGAGGACCUGGUGGACUCUGAGACACCCCGCAACCUCUUGAAGUUUCGAUUCGUCUGUGACUACUCAGACGGCGUCAACUCUCUGACAUCAUCGCACCUAUCGGUGACGGUGUACGUGGAGGACAUAAACGAUCAUGCCCCCCAGUUCAUCGGUUCACCGUAUCACGUGACAGUUGAGGAAUUCACUCCACCCGGAAUGACGAUAUUCCGUGGAAUUCACGCCUUCGACGGCGACAAGCCAAACACACCAAACAGUGACGUUCACUACGCAAUAGUGAAGGGCAACGAGGCAGGAAAAUUCUCCCUGGAAUCCGGCCACCGGACCGCCCUGAUCCUCCGCAAGCCCCUGGAUUACGACACAGGUGAUCGACAGUUCUCCCUGGUGAUAACGGCAACGGACCGUGGCACCCCCGCCCGAAGUGUAAGCACAACCGUCACAGUCAACGUAGUCGACAAUGAUGACCUUGGGCCUAAAUUCACCCAGACCACAUACAGAGCCAGGAUCUACGAGUCCUUUCCAUUUCCGAAACCUCCCAUUCACAAGGAGAUCUAUUUCACCCCCCCGAUCCACGCGAUGGACCAAGACUCCUCCAUAAACACCCCCGUGAAGUACUCCAUCUCCUCCGGCAAUGAGCGCAGCGUCUUCCAGAUCGACCCGAGAAACGGUUCCCUCUUCCUGAAUCAGCCUAUCGACCUGGACACCGAACGAGCCCUCUCCAACAACACGUUCUACCUCCAGCUGCACGCGACCCAAGUGGACAAUCCUCUGAAGUAUUCAACCGCCCGAGUGGAGGUGGAGAUCUUGGAUUUGAACGACAAUCUUCCAGAGUUCGAGGUUGACCACUACAACAUCAGCAUUGUAGAGAACCUCCCCAACGGCUUCAGUGUCCUGCAGGUGGUGGCGCACGACCUGGACCAGGGGGACAACGCGGACUUCACGUAUCAGUUGUUGGAUCCUUCUGGCGCCUUCUUAGUUGACGAGAAGAGCGGCUGGCUGACUGUGAGGGACGAGAGAGUACUGGACCGAGAGCGCAUUUCUUUCCUCCAGAUGAAGGUGAUCGCGGUUGAGAAGAGGCCGAGUGUCAUCGCGUCCUCCAACGGAAGCUCCUCAGUUCCCGUAGAAAUCACUCUUCUAGACGCCAAUGACAACAAUCCAACGUUCGUACCUUCAAAUGUCUACGAGUUCGUGACUAAGAGUGAUGCUGAAGUUGGAACUGUUCUCGGCCAAGUUAAGGCCAUUGACAGUGAUCUGGGGAGAAAUGGUGUUGUUAGAUAUGGAUUACAGAGAGCUGGGAAUAAUAGUACAGCUGUGCGUGUACCUUUCACAGUUGAUUCGCGCACUGGUGUUGUCACGGUAGGAGAGAGACCGAUAAUUGUUGGUAGACAUGCGAUAUUUGUCGAGGCUACGGAUCAACCGGCUAAUCCGAGUGAAAGGAGAUUCUCACUUGCUGUCGUUACGGUGGAUGUGCUUCAGGGUGAUGCUAACAAGCAAUCAUUACCCGACUUCGUGGGUGCCCCUUAUGAAUUCUGGGUAGGUGCUAAUGUUCCGAUUGGCACAAGUGUCGGACAGAUUCGUAUCAACAAUGCAGCGGAGAAGAAACGCGAUAUCAUCUAUGAUCUCCUUCACAGCUAUCGCGAGGGCGUUCCAUUUGCCGUGGAGGAGCAGACUGGUACGAUAACGGUGAUAGACGGUAUCGAUAGAUACGUGAGAAGAUCCUACGAUUUUGAGGGGAUUGUUACGAAUGAUAAGGAUCUCAUGCUUGUCACAAAUGUCUCGGUUCACGUCGUUGAUCCCAAUGAUGAGAGGGAGUUGUUCACUAAAGGAACAACAAGAGCGCCCCUCCUAUUCCACGUGAAUGAGAACCAAGCGGGUGCCUUCAUCGGACAAGUACUCCCUCGUAAUAACACGAAGACAACUUCCAAUGUGCGUUUUCUUAUCGCCAAUCAGCGCGAUGUAUCCGAUAUCGCUAUAACCGAGGACGGUGACCUCUACACAGUGAGGGGUCUCGACCGUGAAACCAGACAGAAUUACAGCAUCACUGUAAUUGCUGAGACAACGAGAGGACUUGGGAUAUUUCAAGUGACUGUCGUCAUCGACGACGUCAACGACAACCCCCCACUCUUCAACCUGCCCUCAUACCAAGGUCAGAUUCAGGAGAACAGUCCUCCGGGAGCGGAAGUGAUCCUAAACAAUCGAAUAUCUACGCACGAUGCCGACGACCGCCUAAACCGGAAGUUCAGUCUGCAGCUCAACGGUGAAGGAAGCGAACUCUUUACCAUCGAUCGCACCACUGGAAGGGUCUUCUUCGGUGGUAAGGGCGACAGUAUUCUGGACAGAGAGGAGAAGUCCGUCUACAAUUUGAGUAUUAUCGCCACCGACGACGUAAACCCCAAGUCCACAGCAUCGCUGAUCCUAAAAAUAACCGACGUGAAUGACAAUCCCCCGCAAUUCACGCAGAUGAUAGUAUCCCCGGAUCAAGGUAUCGUCGUAUCAAAAGAAACCCCUGAAAAAUCGAAGGACAAAAGCUCGCAUAACUCACCACUUCUCCUCAUCCCUGAAAACGUCACGAUAGGCAGUGUGAUAAUUCGCCUGGUGGCCAGCGACAAGGACACCAACGACAAUGCCGAGAUAACAUACGGCAUCGUCAACGAGACAAUCUACCCACCCCCCCAAUCGAAUUUCGAUUCCAAGCCGCAUUUCAUCAUCAGCCCAAGGACGGGUGAACUAUCAAUUGCCCGAUUGUUGCCGGCAGGGGAUGAAAUACAUCUGAGUAUUGUAGCUAGGGACGGUGGCAAUCUGAAUGACACUGUCUCUGUAAAAAUGAUGAUCAUCGACAUGAACGAUCACGCCCCGGUGUUCAAUAAAUCGUGGUAUGCAUUUGACGUGCCUGAGGGAGUUUACACGAGGCAUAUCAUAGGAAAGAUAACAGCUGUUGAUGCUGAUACUGGUGACAAUGCGAGAAUCACUUAUGCCUUAUCAUCGCCGAAGAACUCCUCGCCAAGCUUGAUCUUCGAAAUCGGUGAGGCCAGCGGAGUUCUAAUGAUAACUGGCGAUUUGGAUCGCGAGAUCAAAGACACUUAUCAGUUAACGGUAACAGCUCGCGAUAACGGAAGUCCCCCGCAGAGUUCAACAGUCGACGUUGAAAUCAAUGUCCUAGACAGCAAUGACAAUCCCCCAGAGUUUCACGGCUACACCGACAUGAACACGGACAACGGCUUGAAGAUGAUCCCGGUGUACUACGCCUCCGUGACGGAAGACACACCGGCUGGGACGAUAAUCAGUAAAGUCUACGCUAACGACAGCGACUUCGCGGGCAAUGGAAAUGGUUUGAUCCUGUUUGAUCUGCCCCGUCGCAUCGGCGAGAAGCAGUUCUUCGAGAUCGACAGCAAGGAUGGCACGAUCAUGACCAUUUCCGAGCUUAAUUACGAGCGUCAGAAUCUUCACAACGUCACGAUCACUGCGCGGGAUCUAGGCUCACCUAGUCUGACAGCAACAGCAAUGCUCUACGUCCGAGUCCUAGAUGUCGAGGAGAAGGAAGACAAAUCGGGAUAUGAUAGACCAGUAUUUCAGCAUCGUUACUACGAGGUCGAGAUCGAGGAGAAUUCGGUUGUUCCCUUGAAGCUCCUCCAGCUCAAUGUAUCGGAAAUGUACUGGAACGAGAGGAUGAAAUACGGAAUUGUCUCGAAUGACUCGGACAUUCAUGACUUAUUUGGAAUUCACCCCGACAAUGGGACUCUGGUGCUCAAGAGAAAUGUUGAUAGGGAGUUCAGGGAUACUUAUCAGUUCAGGGUUAAGGUGGACUGGGGGAAGAGUGGGAGGGGCUUGCCGGUGAUGAUUUAUCCGGUUGGCGGGGAGAGGCUCGGGGGGCUAGGGAUCAACGAGGCGAAGAUCGUUGUCAGGGUUAAGGAUGCUAAUGACAAUGCACCCAGGUUCAGGAACAAGGGGAGACCGCUGCUGGCGGCUAUUCCAGCGAAUAUUCAGUAUGGGCAUGAGAUUAUCAAGGUUGAGGCAGACGACCCUGAUGAGGAAAUAAAUGGUGAAAUAAGAUACCAAAUCCUUGGACAAGAGAAUUCACCGCGUUUCGCCAUUGACCCACUUAGUGGUCAAGUGCGAUCUGUAGCUAGUUUUUCGAGGGAUGCUGGUAGGGUUUUCGGGUUUGAUGUCAAGGCUACAGACAGACGUGGCGCUGAUAAUGGAAGAAGCAGUAUAGCAAACGUUUUUGUGUACGUUGUCGAUGACAAUAAACAGGUGGUCCUCGUAAUGGGCACGAAGCCGACGGAAAUUGAGAAUCAAGUGGAGGAGAUCACUGGAGCACUGCAGAACGUCACGGGACUGGACGUGAGGGUGAGAAAGUUGGAGCCACAUAUUGAGAAAAAUCUCAUCGACACUACCUCCACUGACUUGUACCUCUACGCGGUUGAUCCCCAUCUCAAUUCCAUGAUCGACAUGGACACCCUUCACAGUAUAUUCCGCAAGAAGAAAGCGGAAAUAAGAGAGGAGCUGGAGAGGUACCGUGUCCUCGAGAUUUCAAGAAAUACCUCGAGACAAGGUAGUCGAUAUCUGCUGUCUACCCUUGAGGUUGGAGUAGUCGUGUUGGGAUGUGUGGUUUUUGUUGGGGCUCUAGUAACUGCCCUGUGCGUCGCCUGUGUACGACGGAAUAAACGGGGAUUUAACACCAGUAACACCAGUGGUCUCCCACGCAUUCUCAUCCCCUAAUCUAAUCUACAUGGCAUCAUGCAAAUAUUUAACACGCCGUUGGCAUCACCAGCAUAAAACAAAGAGCUCGAUAA